UUUUCAUUGAUUUCUAGUCUGACCCAUAAUCCUUCGAAAAUGAAUCGUUUUGAAUAUUGCCAGGCUCGACUAACCGAAGAUGAAACUUUCGUUGCAAAAGAUCGCAAUAUAAAAUUAUAUGAUGGCGACGAAAAAACAAACUUCGAGGAUGGAGAGAUUGUUUUAACCAGCCACAGAAUGCUUUGGGGUCGCAAUGGAGAUAUUGCCCGCGGGGGAAAUGCUUUAGCGCUAAAACUGAGCUAUGUGAGCUCUGUGAAUGAAGAAGAAGCUAGUUCGAUGUUGUUCGGAAAGAAAAAGAGAACGAUCUUACGGUUGAGCCCGAAUGCGCCCGAUAAGAAACCAGGUCCAAUGGAUCAUAGUAGUGCAUCUUUUGUCAAAAUUUCUGGACGUAAUGGUGUAAGCCCUGCUUUCGUUCAAGCACUUCACGCGACCAUCAACACUCGAAUUUGGGAAGCUGGGAUACAAUCUAACCAAGCAGGAACAUCGGAAGCUCCUAGUACAGAUCCGACUCGUCGUAAAUUACGCACUGGAAUAAUGGGAAUCGAACGAAAUUUGGCCGAAAAGCAAAAGCAAACCGAUGAAAGCAUCUCCCUUGCCUUUCAAGACCUCAGCAAACUGAUGAUAAUGGCCAAAGAUAUAGUCGCUGUCACGAAGAUGGUCAGUAUCAAGAUUCGUGAGCGAAAUGGCGAAAUUUCGGAAGAUGAAACAGUGCGGUUUAAGACAUAUUUGAUGAGUCUAGGAAUAAACGACCCUGUAACGAGAGAUAGCACAAGAAGCAACUCGGAAUACUUCCUAAAGCUUUCACAGCAGCUAUGUGAGAUGCUUUUAGAUCCUAUUACGGAAGCCGGCGGAAUGAUGUCUCUGGCUGAUGUUUACUGCCGCGUAAAUCGGGCACGUGGGUUGGAGCUGCUUUCCCCAGAAGAUUUAUUGGAAGCUUGCAAACUGCUCUCAGCACCCAUAACUCUUCGAUGUUUUCCUAGCGGUGCGAUAGUUUUGCAACUUGAGUCCCAUGAUGACGAAUUGAUAGCGCAACGAACAUUACAAUUGGUUGAAAUGCAAAUUUCUCUUAGUGCCGAUGAAUUAGCUCGUUUGGAAAGUAUAUCACUAAUUCUAGCGCGGGAGCGUUUACUAACUGCGGAGGCAUUAGGAAAAUUAUGUCGUGAUGACUCGAUUGCUGGAUUACGUUUUUACUCUAAUAAAUUUUUUUAUUAAU